GUGGUACAGUGCUCAAAGUGUGCUGGGAUCUAGUUCAGUCUCCAGUUCCCGUUUGUCUCUCAUGCUCCCUCUGCCACUCUGCUGUGAUCUGUCUCCUGUUCUCUCAGUCUUGCUUCAGCCUGUCCUCUUUUUCUUCCUCACCCCUGCGCAUUAGUUGGCAGCAUUUACCGUUCACCGCCUUUCUCUCUUUGCGAUGUCUUCUUUUUGCAUUGCUUAACAGUCACUUACCCUCAACAUGGAUAUCGGAGGACUCACAACCGUGGUAGCAAAUUCUGCUUACAUCAAUGCUCGUGGAAGCAUCGAUGGCUCUAAUCCAGCAGCAGCUCGGGAUAAAAAGUACCACUCUCGCCUCAAAUUGCCCCACAUCACUGUGUGCGAGGGUCUGAAGGACACCCUAGAUUUAUCCUUUGACUCAGUCUGUGUUGAACAGCCAAUUGGCAAACGUCUCUUUAGGGAAUUCUUGGACGCAAACAAAGAGUAUCACGGGGCAUGUCGCUUGUGGAAAGACAUCGAGGACUAUGACCUGGCAGAGGACUCUGAAAGGGCAAAAAAAGCUUCGAAGUUAGUUCAGCGUUACAUGGACCCCUCUGCCAAACACUUCUGCCCGUUCCUCAGUGAGGACAUCAUAACGAAGGUGAAAGAAUCCCUCGAGGCUGUAGGUGAUGAUUUGUUCUCUGCAGCGCUGGCCAAGACUUUGGACUAUCUGCGCGAGGCCCCCUACACUUUCUUCCUGGAGAGCAUGUACCUGAAGAGGUUCCUGCAAUGGAAAUGGCUGGAGAUGCAGCCCAUGGAUGAAGACUGGUUCCUCGAUUUCCGUGUGCUGGGGAAAGGUGGGUUUGGAGAGGUGUCUGCCUGUCAGAUGAAAGCCACGGGAAAACUGUACGCCUGUAAGAAACUCAACAAGAAGAGGCUGAAGAAGAGGAAAGGCUACGAGGGGGCGUUGGUGGAGAAAUGUAUUCUUGAGAAGGUUCACAGUCGCUUCAUUGUGUCGCUGGCAUACGCCUUUCAGACAAAGGAGGAGCUUUGUCUGGUCAUGACCAUCAUGAAUGGAGGAGAUCUCAAGUACCAUGUUUACCUGGUGGAUGAAAACAACCCAGGGUUUGAUGAGCCUCGAGCCUGUUUUUACAUUGCCCAGAUCAUCCAGGGCUUGGAGCACCUCCACCAGAAAAGAAUCAUCUACCGAGAUCUCAAACCAGAAAAUGUGCUGCUUGAUAAUGACGGGAAUGUACGUAUAUCUGACUUGGGUCUUGCUGUGCAACUAAAAGAAGGCAAAACCAUGACAAAAGGCUAUGCUGGGACUCCAGGUUACAUGGCACCAGAGAUGCUAAAGGGAGAAAAGUACGACUCCUCCGUUGACUACUUCACUCUUGGAGUGACUUUAUAUGAGUUCAUGGCUGCUAAGAAUCCGUUCAGAAACAGAGGAGAGAAGGUGGAACGUGAGGAGAUGAAAGAGCGUAUGCUAACUCGGGUGGUGACCUACACUGACAGCUUUAGUGAGCAUGCAAAGUCGUUGUGUGAUGGGCUGCUGGCCAAGGAGGUGGAUCAGAGGAUGGGUUUUAAGAAUGGAUGCUGUGACGAAAUCAGAGCACAUCCAUUUUUCAGCGGCAUUAACUGGAGGAAACUGAACGCAGGAAUUCUACCUCCUCCUUUUGUCCCUGACCCCAAAGUAGUGUAUGCUAAAAGUCUGGAUGACGUCGGGGCAUUCUCCUCUGUGAAGGGGGUGGCAUUGGAAGAUCCUGAUAAGAACUUUUUUGACGAGUUCUCCACGGGCAACAUCUCCAUUCCUUGGCAAGAGGAGAUGAUCGAGAUGGGAAUUUACGGAGAGCUCAACGUUUGGGGCCCUGAAGGCACCAUCCCCAACGAUCUCCGCAGGGAGUCCAUACUAGAGCAGCCAAAGUCAUCGACGUGUUGCUUAUCUUAGAGUCACUAACACGCGUGAACUGCACAGACUUUCGUUUCUUUAGAGCAUGCGGCAUGAAGACACCAUGAGAGACACCAGUCGGUUCUGAACUUUGUGAUCGCACACUGAAAAAGUUUAUGUCGACAUGGGAACAGCAAGAAUAGACUGGAGGCGGACUUCCAGCCUGAAAUGAACUUGAUCAUAGAUUUAGGUGUUGAAAAAUUCCAAAUUGCUGACAUCUGUCAUCUAUUGUCCCUUCAGUCUUCUGCCCCUCAUCUCCUUUCACCAUCAACCUGCUCACUUACUUCUCUUUAUAUGUAUAUGUGAUGAAUUAUUGUAAAGCUUUUAGAUUUAAAAUGCAUUAAAAAAAAAAUCCCAUUUUGGAGCCAGGGUUUAGUGAUGUGUUAUCUUUGGUGCUAAGUGACAGUUACAUGUUGACCAUGUAAGAGCUGCAUAUCUGCUCCUGUAGGGUUCAUGCCACUUAAUAGAAGGUGUCUUUUUUUCUUAGUGUUUAAUACAUACUAAAUGCUAACA